AUGUUUGCAAAGUGUUUCGUCUUUGUUGCACUUUUUCUCUUCACAUCAGCUAAUGAUGAUCCAUCUUUUCAACGAUAUCGAGGUCAUAUUGUGAAGAAAAAUGGCAAAUACGAAAUUGUCACAGCUUUAGCACACGAUUACAAAGAGCCUAAUCCAAACGUUGACAAUGUCUUAGCCAGUGGAUUUUGGGAUCAAACUUACAAUAUUACUGGUUGGUCAGUAUUAGAAAUCAAAACUUUGGAAAAUCAGACAAAUUUCGAUCAAGCCUAUUCAGCUGGAUUACUCGAAGGACAAUUGACACGAGAUUUGACCUGGAUGCAAUGGCAGAACAAUAUCGAUGAUAUUUGUGCUAAUAAAACAAAAUUUUGUAACUAUUUCAAAGAAUUUCUCAGUAUACAACUCGAUUGGAUGUAUACGCAAAUUGAAAGUUAUCCUGAUGAUGAAUAUUGGCAUCAAGUUGAUUUGCUUCUUAUUCAACUAAAUGGUCUUAUCGAUGGACAUUACAAUACGCCACGUGAACCAAGACGUCGACUUGAUGAUCCACUUGGAUUCCUAUUAUUUCAAGUGGUAGAAUCCGUUGGCGAUUUAGCUGAGCGUUUUGGUAUUCCAGACGUUGAACGACACGAUAGUUGCUCAGCGUUGAUUAAACUUUUACCAGGCAAUUCGGAUGUCUUCGUUUCCCAUGCUGAUUGGAGUCACUUUAAAUCAAUGUUAAAAGUCAUCAAACGUUACAACAUGCCAUUAAAACGUUCAAUUGAUGUCGCAAGUGCAACAGUUCCAGGUGCCGAAAUCAUAUUCUCAUCGUAUCCUGGUACACUUCACUCCGUCGAUGACUUUUACAUGACACGUCCAGCUAAUCUGACUAUCAUUGAAACGACAAUUGUUAAUUUUAAUGAGAAUCUACGUCACAAUAUCAUUCCCAUCUCGGUACCUGAAUGGAUUCGCGUGGUCGUAUCAAAUCGACUAUCGAAUAACGGACAAGAAUGGAUUGAUAAAUUCUUUGCUUUCAAUGAUGGAACAUACAAUAACGAAUGGAUGAUUACAGAUUUCAAGCGAUUCACGCCAGGACAGAAACCCCAAGCUGGAUUUCUAAUGGUGGCUGAACAAAUGGUAACAGAUUUCGAGUAUAUAGAUAUGACUGAUAAAUUGAAUGCGGAUACUUACUGGGCGUCGUACAAUAAUGUUUAUUUUCCUGACUUCCGAAAUUUGUCCGGUGAAGAAGCGAUGGUUCAGAAGAAAGGACCAGAAUUAUACUCAUGGCAUGAUUCUUCCCGUGCCAGAAUCUUUCGACGCGAUCAAAACAAAGUUGUUGAUCUUCCAUCAAUGAUCAAGAUGAUGCGAUACAAUGAUUUUAAAAACGAUAAUUUGUCGGCUUGUAACUGCACUCCACCAUACUCAGCAGAACUGACAAUCGCUGCUCGAUGUGAUUUGAAUCUAGCCGACGGACAUUAUCCCGAUGAACCACUGGGACAUCGUCCUCACGGUGCUACCGAUGCUAAAAUUACAAGUUAUGCAUUGAUGCAAAAUUUCACACUUGUCGCCGUUGCUGGUCCAACAUCUGACCAACAACCGCCAUUCGUCUGGAGUGAAUCUGAUUACAACACGAAAUUUUCACAUAUUGGUCAGCCAGAUAAAUGGAACUUUACAGCAUUCACACCAACAUGGAUGCUAUAA